AAUUAUUUUACAUCAGUUGUCUUAAAGCAUUUGAGCUGGACGGAGUUUAGUGUGAGAGCAGGAGAAAAUUACGAAGUCAUGUGCAAAACAGAGAUUCUACACGAAGAUUCACCUGUGGUUCUUCUUCACGACGACAAACCGCUCACUAUGAAGGAACUGAGCGUUGAUAAAGUUUACGAUUUCGACUUCAAAUACGGCCAGAAAUCUGCCGUGGAUUUUCAUAAGGAUCUUGCAGCCAUCGAUCUUAGCAUGAUGCAAAAUCCUAAAGGGACACGUCGCCGAAGGAUCAAGCGGAGAAAAUAUCCGAAACUUUCGUUUGUGCCUAGUCUCGAAGACAUUAAAGAGAAUGAACUCUUUGAAUUAACGUUUGAGGACGAAAAGAAAGAUCUGGCCGCCAUACAUCGUGAACGUGCCCUGAGUUGUGGCUUGGCUGUGAAGGAGGAAGGUCGCCGCCAUCGCCAUAAAAGGCAUUCUAGGAGCUCAAGCGGAAGAGUCUAA